UUUGGUGCUUGGUGAAGAUGAAGCAGUCAGUGAUGGAGGGAGAUUCUGUCACUCUGAACCCUGAUCUCACUCAAAUACAGAAAUUUAAUCUUAUAAAGUGGAGGUUUGGAGAUCCAGUCAUUGCUCAAACUGAUGGAAAUGACAUCACAUAUUCCAAUCGCAUUGAGACAUCUAGAGACAGGCUGCAGCUGGAUCAGACUGGAUCUCUGACCAUCAAGAACAUGAGAACCAAACACUCUGGACUUUAUAAACUACAGAUCAGCCACAGCACUGGGACCGCAAAUAUGAAAUUCAAUGUUUCUGUCCAUGAGUCUCCAUCUGUUAUUGCUGGAGCUGAAGCUGAAAUGAAGAGUAUGUCAGUGAAGGAGGGAGUUCCUGUCACUCUGUAUGUUCCUCAAAUACAAGGAGAUGAGCUGAUAGUGUGGAGGUUUGGAGAUGAAGGAAAGCUCAUAGCUAAACAUGAUUUAGAGGCCAAGAGCUCACCAUUAUAUUAUGAUGAGAGAUUCAGAGACAGACUGCAGCUGAAUGAUCAGACCGGAUCUCUGACCAUCACAAACACCAGAACCACAGACUCUGGAGAAUAUAAAGUGAAGAUCAGCAGCAACAAACAGAUUUUAUCCCAGCAAUAUGUUGUUACCAUCAGUGUUCCAGAUUCAGGUUAUUCUGGAGGUGCUGUAGCAGGGAUUGUUAUUGCAGGGAUUGUUAUUGUUCUGCUGCUGGUGGCUGCAGCUGCUGGUGUGAUGUACUACCUUCGCCGCAAAAUCUCAGAACUACAAAAACAAACAUUGCGGGUGACUGAGGGAGAUGAUGUCACUAUAAUCCCUGAUCCUAAAAUACAGAGAGGUGAUGUGAUACAGUGGCUGUUUGGAGAUAAAGAUACUCUCAUAGCUGAAAUCAAAGGACGGACCAGAGAGAUGAAGACAGAUAAAGGUCCUGAUGAGAGAUUCAGAGACAGACUGAAGCUGGACGAGACGACUGGAUCACUGACCAUCAAAAACACCAGAAUUGAAGACACUGGAUUCUGCACUCUGAAGAUCAGAAGAGGCAGAGAAACCUUAUACAACAGAUUCUAUGUUUAUAUCAAAGUGUUAAUUGAAGAGACAGAACUCAAGAGCUGUGCUACUUUUCUGGUGCAUCUCCUGGGCACAAAACCAGAUCAUCUCUAA